CACAUAUAUAUCUACCAAAUCCCUGAUAAUGACAUUAAUCUUUUCAUGGUCCUCUCUUCAUAACUUUCAUGGUUUCCUCAGUUUUCUUUUCCUUUCUAAUGGAUUAAAAUUUGACAUAAAUAUAGGAAGCCUCCAAUUUCUGAUGUAUGACUGUAUUUACAACUACUUGUGUAUUAUCUGCAGGAGUCAAUGGAUUAGCCCUGUUAUAUAGGCUGUGGCUUGAUGGUGUUGUUAUGAACUUGGUUUACUUUCAGUUGUGAGCAUAUGAAAAUAUAUUAAAAGUUUCCCAUUUAAGAUUUUAAUUGCUCUCGGCAAUGUCUCUAAGCUGGCACCAGGAUGAUUCAUAUUUGGAGAGUUACAUAAGCACCAUUGGAGUUGAUUUUAAAAUACGCACCGUGGAGCAAGAUGGGAAGACCAUCAAACUUCAAAUUUGGGAUACUGCCGGACAAGAACGUUUUAGGACAAUCACUAGCAGCUACUAUCGUGGGGCACACGGGAUUAUAGUGGUUUAUGAUGUGACGGACCAAGACAGCUUCAACAAUGUCAAGCAGUGGCUUACUGAAAUUGAUCGCUAUGCAAGUGAAAAUGUUAACAAACUUCUUGUUGGGAACAAGUGUGAUCUCACUGCAAAUAAAGUUGUGUCAUAUGAAACAGCCAAGGCAUUUGCUGAUGAAAUCGGGAUUCCUUUCAUGGAAGCCAGUGCAAAGGAUGCUACUAACGUAGAGCAGGCUUUCAUGGCUAUGGCUGCUGCGAUAAAAAAUAGGAUGGCAAGCCAACCGGCGGCCAUGAACAAUGCCAAACCUCCAACAGUGAAUAUUCGUGGACAACCUGUUGCACAGAGUAGUGGCUGCUGUUCUUCGUAA